CAUUGCCCAUAACCCCUUUUUUAAUUUCUCUCUCUUAUUCUGUAUUUUUGUUCUGAUUGGGAAUUUUUUCUCUAUAUGGAUUCCUUCGUACCGUCAAAUCAUCUAUUGAACUAAAUAGAAAAGCAUAUAUUCAGUUUCUUUCUCUUUCUAUUCACUGCCUCUUCACCAUUUCUAUCUUCUUCUCUUUCUCUCUCUACAACUUUUUUUUUUCUUCUGGGUUUUGAUUCUGACUGCAAGAUGAAGAAAUUUAUCUUGAACUUGGAGGUGCAUGAUGUUAGAGACAAGCGCAAGGCCUUGAAGACGGUCUCUGCUCUUCCAGCAGGAAUUGAUGAAAUCUCAAUGGAUAUGAAAGGUAAGAAAUUAACUAUCAUCGGGACAGUUGAUCCAGUGAAUGUAGUGAGCAAACUACGGAAAUUUUGGCCAGCGCACAUAAUCUCAGUAGGACCGGCCAAAGAGCCAGAGAAGAAAGAGGAACCAAAGAAAGAAGGGGGCAAGAAAGAGGAGGCUAAGAAGGAAGGCGAGGGCAAGAAAGAAGAUGCUCCGAAAGAGGAAGGAAAGAAAGAGGAGGGUAAAAAGGAAGAAGAAGGUAAGAAGGACGAAAAUAAGAAAGAUGAGCCCAAAAAGGAUGGAGAAAAGAAGGCAGAACCACAGCCACAACCAAUGCCAAUGCCAAUGCCAAUGCCGAUGCCGAUGCCAUUCCCACAUCCUCAAGCUUAUAAUCAAGCUGUUGUUGGCAUGGUGCCGCCCUAUCGGCCAUAUUAUCCUCCUCCUAAUAUGCAAGCCAUGCCUUUUCGGCCAUAUUAUCCUCCUCCCGCCCAAACAUACUACCACCACAGCAUGGAAGAGAAUCCUAAUUCAUGUGUUAUCUGUUAAAUUGGUUCAGAGAACGGAUCGAAUCAUAUAUAUUAUGUAUACAUAGCUCUACGUCCUUUGUUUUGUGUUGGUCUCGGGUUAUAUUCUGUUAGCAUGAACUGAGACUAACAUUCAAGAAUAGAGAAAAUCCAUUGUGAAUACACAAUGAUCAUGCCAUCAUAUUUUUCUUUUCAGAAUCAAGAAAUUGUGUAUAGAGAAUUAAAUAAGA